GAGCUUAUCACGCUGUCGGGCUUUUCGCCAGGUUCCCAGGACGAGAAUGGAUAUACUCCUGUCAUGGCAGCCGCUAGCUGGGGCCAUGUUGACCUGUUGCGCAUCUUGUUACAGCGAGAUGCAUCUGCUGUUAAUGUGGCAGAUUCCGAUGGCGAUACGCCCUUACAUCAUGUGGCGCAAGCGAUCGAGCUCGAGGCCGAUCAAGUGCGUCCUGUCCUUGAGCUGCUUCUGACACAUGGAGCAGACGUGAACAGGAG